CCCAGUCGUCCAGCGGGCUCCAGCCAGCAGCAGCCGCGGCGCCGGCGCCAUGACAUCGCGGAGAUGGUUUCAUCCGAAUAUCACAGGCGUGGAGGCAGAGAAUUUACUGCUGACCAGAGGAGUAGAUGGAAGUUUUUUGGCGCGGCCCAGUAAAAGCAAUCCAGGGGACUUCACCCUCUCAGUCAGGCGCAGUGGAGCAGUCACACAUAUCAAGAUCCAGAACACGGGUGAUUACUAUGAUUUGUACGGGGGAGAGAAGUUCGCUACCCUGGCUGAGUUGGUGCAGUAUUACAUGGAGCACCACGGGCAGCUGAAGGAGAAGAAUGGGGAUGUAAUUGAGCUGAAAUACCCACUGAACUGUGCUGACCCCACCUCUGAGAGAUGGUUCCAUGGACACCUCUCGGGAAAAGAAGCAGAAAAGCUGCUGACGGAGAAAGGAAAGCCAGGAAGCUUCCUGGUGCGGGAGAGCCAGAGCCACCCAGGAGACUUUGUCCUGUCAGUGCGGACCGGAGACGACAAAGGGGAGAGCAGCGAGGGGAAGCCAAAGGUCACACACGUGAUGAUUCGAAGUCAGGAUGCCAAGUACGAUGUUGGCGGAGGAGAGAAGUUUGACUCACUGACUGACCUGGUAGAGCACUACAAAAAGAACCCCAUGGUGGAGACCCUGGGUACAGUUCUACAGCUGAAACAGCCACUAAACACAACGCGGAUCAAUGCAGCGGAGAUCGAGAGCCGGGUGAGGGAGCUGAGCAAACCAGCCGAGACUAUGGACAAGGUGAAACAGGGAUUCUGGGAGGAGUUUGAGACCCUCCAGCAGCAGGAGUGUAAACUGCUUUACAGCCGGAAAGACGGACAAAAACAAGAGAACAAAAACAAGAAUCGCUACAAGAACAUCCUGCCUUUUGAUCACACUCGGGUGGUUUUGGACGACGGUGACAUGAAUGAGCCCGGCUCCGAUUACAUCAACGCCAAUUUCAUUCUGACUCAGCACGAAGUGGAAACGAAUCGGACCCCAUCGAAGCCCAAGAAGAAGUACAUUGCCACCCAGGGCUGCCUGCAGAACACAGUCAACGACUUCUGGAGAAUGGUCUUCCAGGAGAAUUCCAGGGUAAUCGUCAUGACGACAAAAGAGGUGGAACGGGGGAAGAGCAAAUGUGUGAAGUACUGGCCAGAGGAGAUGUCUUUGAAGGAAUACGGAGGAAUGCGUGUCAGAAAUGUUCGAGAAAACCCAGCUCACGACUACAUCUUGAGGGAACUCAAACUAUCAAAAGUGGGCCAGGGGAACAUGGAGAGGACGGUGUGGCAGUAUCACUUUAAGAGCUGGCCAGAUCACGGCGUUCCCAGUGACCCGGGGGGCGUGUUGGAUUUCCUGGAAGAAGUCAACCUUAAACAGGAGAGCAUCGCAGAGGCCGGGCCUGUUGUUGUUCACUGCAGUGCUGGAAUCGGACGCACAGGAACAUUUAUUGUGAUUGACAUCCUCAUUGACAUCAUCAGAGAGAAGGGUGUGGACUGCGAUAUUGAUGUCCCGAAAAGUAUCCAGAUGGUGAGGUCGCAACGAUCAGGGAUGGUGCAGACAGAAGCUCAGUACAGGUUCAUUUACAUGGCCGUCCAGCAUUACAUUGAAACACUACAGCGCCGGAUCGAGGAAGAGCAGAAAAGUAAGAUAAAAGGCCGGGAGUACACAAACAUCAAAUAUUCCUUAAUGGACCCGAGCUGUGGAGGAGAUCAGAGUCCGUUACCACCCUGCACCCCCAACGCAACCUGUACAGAGCUGAAAGACGAGGGAGGCAGAGUGUAUGAGAACGUUGGCUUGAUGCAGCAGCAGAAAGGCCACAGAUGAGACGGCGUGAGUGUUCAGAACAGACAGGAACAGUUUGAAGGCGGCCGUGCAAGAAAGGAAAGAGGAAACCACCCUCGAGGUGUGAGU